CCCCCCUCCCCUAACCCUAACCUUAACCCCAACCCUAACCCCUAACCCUAACUAAAAAUAAUAAUGGAGGGGACCGGGCGGAUAUUAUACCCAUCUGGAUACCUGAAAACAUUCUGUCGAGCACGGAAGUCGAGUACAUUGCGGGUUAAUCUUCGGGCAGAAACUUUCAGCUCAUUUCAUUGGUCCAUGACGUAACGGAAUUUUACAAAAAAAACACAAAUAUAGCUUUCGACACGUGCAUUUGUUUACAAACAUGUCUGACACAUGGCCAUCGUAGCAGCUGGAAAUUUACUUUCAACUGAGUGAAGUAUUGGAAAUGGACACAAUGUGGUCGUUUUACACCACACUGGGACUGCUAAAUAUGCAUUAUGAAGAUUAAUUACAGAAGUUUUAGGACAGGCUGGAACUGGAAAAUCAGUGUUAGUUAAAGAAACACAGAGAAGACUGAUUGCUAAAGGUAUUCGGGUUGCUGUAGUAGCAAGUACAGGAAUAGCCUCUACACAAUUCAAUGAUGCCGUGACAGUGCAUUCAUGGGCUGGUUUACAAGACGGCUGAUAUGGCAAUGAAGAACUACUGCAACGUCUGCAGGCAGAAGAGCAUAGCACCACAAGAGGGCGAAUUGAAGAAACACAGGUCCUCAUUAUUGAUGAGAUUAGCAUGUUGAGCGCCAAAGUAUUUGAUCAGCUGGAAUUUGUCUGCAGACGAAUACGAAACGUCGGAUCAUACUUUGGCAGCCUGCAAGUUGUUUGUGUGGGAGACUUUUAUCAAUUGCCACCAGUACCAAAUGACAUGUAUUCUGAUCCAGGAAGGCAUUGCUUUGAGUCACAAGUGUGGAUGAAUGUUAUUAAACACAAAAUACAACUAAAUACUGUAUUGAGACAAGAUGAGUUCCAUCUAAUUAAUGCCAUUAAUGAGUUAGAGAAAGGUAUUCCAUCUCCUGCAACAAAUGCUUUCAUGAAAAAUCUUUCAAGGCCUCUAGAUGAUUUACCACCGUCAAUCAACCCUACAGUUCUGUAUGGAACAAACUUUGAGGUAGACUGGCACAAUGCAUCCGAACUGGCAAAACUUCCUGGAGACAUUGUAAUGUACAAAUCCGAAGAUUCAGGAGACUACACCAAACUGAAAAAUUUACCUGCCAAAAGGAACUUAUGCCUGAAACUUAAUUCUCCAGUAAUUCUACUGAGAAAUUUGAAUAAAAUUUUUGUCAAUGGAAUGCAAGGCACAGUAAAACAAUUAGAUGCAGAUGGACCCACCAUACAAUUUGAUUGUGGUAUUUUAAAACUUGAGAAAACUACUUUUUCUUUAUUCAGUCCAAAAGAAAAUGUUAUUAAAGCUGAACGAUAUCAGUAUCCUAAAAAAUUUAAAUCGCUCCAAAAUGGCGAGUGACGUACCUUUUAUCUUUUAUAUAGUAGGAAUCGAAAUUUUUGGUACGUGUAAUUACUUGUUAAAUGACAAUAAAGUUGUCAUGUAUUAAGACAGUAAAUUCAAUUAUUGUGGAAAUUUAGAUAAAUAAACAAUAAACACAUUUCAUUUUGAUAAACUCUUAUUCAAAUAUAUUACAUUGAUUUAUACAAUAAUUCUGUCAAGUAGGGAUCGAAAUUUUUGGUAUUUGUAAACAUACGUUAAGUGGCAAUGAUUUUGUCAUGUAUGAAGAGAAUAUGAGCAAAAUAUUGUGGAAAUAUAUAAAAUUUACUGAUAUAUAACAAAUUUAGAUUUUUUAUUCAUGUUUACUAAUCUGUGUCAAGUGCCUAUGGUCCUGAAGCCAUUUUCGACCGGCGAUUUUGUAGUGUAUGAAUCCUGCUUCCCAAUAUAUCCAGUUUUUUCCAUAUCUGCUUUUUGCCGUCUUAUCGAGUGUAUCAAAAUAAUCCUGCAUGUUAUCAAAAUAAUGCAGUGUCUACUAACAGUAACUUUUUUUUUUU